CAAAAUUGGUGCAGACGCCCGCCAACACGCGCCAUCUCUCCUCCUACAUGCAGUGACGUCACUUUCGGCCAAUAACGUAAUCCGGCACGUUUAGUAUUCUAUCGCUCGUGUUUAUUUACGUCGUACAAGAGCUGCAAAGUUGUCACUGAGAGCUCUUGUGCUUAUAAUCCUGACCAAAACUUGACGACUGAAUUAGAAUCCACUCCGAAAAAUUCGUUUGGUCACAAACCUAAAGAUCCUAAACCGGAGAGUAUGUCUGGCCGAUAUGACGCAGAAAAAACUGUGAAAACGGUUCAUUAUUCAUCACCUAAAUAUAGUUCUGGACAGAAGCUCAAAGAUCCAAAGCGUGACUACUGUCCUGCUCAUGGUUACUACGAUACAGAUUCUGCCCGUGAGGAUCAGCAAGAUAUGAAGCCAGGCUACACAUUUGGACAUAGACGUUCACCUCCAAAAAUUGAUACAACCCCCGCUAGUGGUCAUUACGAUACAGAUUCUGCCCAUAAGGAUCGGCAAGAUAUGAAACCAGGCUACACAUUCGGACAUAGACGCUCACUUCCAAAAAUUGAUACAAUUCCUGCGCCUGGACACUGUGAUCCUGAUCAAACCUUACCGAAAGUGGAAAGUUCAAAGCACAGUCACAGUUAUUCAUUUGGAGAGAAGCAUUACGUGAUGGAUGGCACACUGGCUCAUGGUUAUUACGAUACAGAUUCUGCCCAUGAGGAUCGGCAAGAUAUGAAUCCAGGCUACACAUUCGGACACAGACGUUCACUUCCAAAAAUUGAUACAACCCCCGCUUCUGAUUAUAACGAAGAUUCUGUCUAUAAGAGUCAGCAAAAUGUGAACCCAAGCUACACAUUUGGUUCAUCUUCUAAAGUUGAUGCAACCCCCGCUUCUGAUUAUAACGAAGAUUCUGUCUAUAAGAGUCAGCAAAAUGUGAACCCAAGCUACACAUUUGGUUCAUCUUCUGAAGUUGAUGCAACCCCCGCUUCUGAUUAUAACGAAGAUUCUGUCUAUAAGAGUCAGCAAAAUGUGAACCCAAGCUACACAUUCGGUUCACCUUCUAAAGUUCAUGCAACCCCCGCGCCUGGACACUGUGAUCCUGAUCAAACCUUAAAGAAAGUGGAAAGUUCCAAACCCAUUUACAGUUAUUCAUUUGCAGAGAAGCAUCACAUGAUGGAUGACACACUCGGUAAUCAUAACGUUGAAUGAAAGAACACAAAAUAUUACUACAUGUUAGACGAGAAGCAUUUGUUUUACAAUACAAUUAUAUUAGAUUUUUACAGUAUAUUCAGGGGUUGGACAAAAUUGUGGAAACAUUCUAACUGUGUGAAAACUCUAACUCAAUACUAGCUUUACUCUAACUCUAUGAAAAUACCUUUCGUUUAGCAGAAAAUGUCUCGGAAGCUUUUACAUGGCAAAGCUCUUGGCACGGUUUGAAAGAUUAUGCUUUAAGCUUUUAGAAAUGGUAUCUUUUUAUAUAUUUAAAAGGAUAAUUGCCCAUUUAGAUUCUUUGUUCGGAGUACCUAGCAUGGGGGCUAUCUGCUCUUUCCUCGAAAUAUAAUAGAAAUAAGGAAAGUAUUUGAGAAGAUUACGUUAGUAAGUUAACAUAAUUAAAUACACUAAUAAGUUGUAAAUAAAAAUGAAGAAUCCGGGAUAGGGAGAAAAUUAUUUAUACAUAUUUUUCAAAUUUUAGUGGUAUUUAAAAUAGGAAAAGAGCUUUUAAUUCGCUAAUUUACGCUUAUUUCGGUGGUUGUAAAUUUUGCAUGGGUAAAAAGGACACCAUUUCUAAAAGCUUUAAACGCAAUCUUUUAAAUUGUGCCAGCCGUUGAACCAUAUAAAAUCUUCAGAAACAUUCGCUGCUAUAAGAAAGAUUGUUUACGUAGAGUUAGUAUAAAAGUAUUACCAUAUUUUUGUCCAUCCCCUGCACAAGUGUAUUGAAUUUCUUUAAUAAAUGCUAAUAAUUAACCA